AUGAAGGACAGCUCCACUCCACUGAAAUGGGAAUGCUCAGAUGGGCCUGCAGCGACGCGGCUGGAUCGGAUCAGAAAUGAAGACGUCAGGACGGCUAUGAAAGCAGCCCCAGUUCAACUGAAGAUGAGAGAGCAGCGCCUACGAUGGUUUGGGCAUGUACUAAGACGGCCACAGAGCAAUGCGAUAAGGGAGGUAAUGGAGUUCAAAGCCAAGGUAAACGAUCACGAGGAGCUCCAAAGAAGAGCUGGUGGAAUGUGA